CAGCUGUGUCGAGCAUUUCUCGGUCGAUCAACGCUGAUGGUUUUUUUUCCCCGUAGCUGACUAUGUAGGGCGCAACCCUUUAGAUUAUGUGGAAUUUAAAAACUGAUAUGGUUAUAUUUUUAAAGAAAUCAGCGAGUGUGCCUCACUGGAUUGUGGAGAGAACAGCUGGAGCGCUGUCCUGAGUGCUGAACUCAAGAACCCAAAAGUGUGGAGACCGGGAGAGCAGUCGUUCUGUCGUGGGUAUAUGUCUUCGCAACCCAAUCCCUGAGAUGAGUCGGAAAAGGCUGCAUUCUGUAGCUGUUUGGGGAUUCUUCGCAUGGGAAAUUGCAGUUUUAUUGAGUCUGGUCGCUUCCAAGGAGCCGGACAGCCCCAGGGGGAGAGCCGUUCCCAUGUCACCCUCGGACUUCCUGGACAAGCUCAUGGGCAGGACCUCGGGCUACGACGCCAGGAUCCGACCCAAUUUUAAAGGUCCUCCAGUGAAUGUAUCGUGCAACAUAUUCAUAAACAGCUUUGGCUCGAUUGCAGAAACAACCAUGGACUACAGAGUGAACAUCUUCCUGCGGCAGCAGUGGAACGAUCCGCGAUUAGCGUACAGCGAAUACCCCGACGACUCCCUGGACCUUGACCCCUCCAUGCUGGACUCCAUCUGGAAGCCGGACUUGUUCUUCGCCAACGAGAAGGGCGCCCACUUUCACGAAGUCACCACAGACAACAAGCUUUUGAGAAUAUUCAAGAACGGCAACGUCCUCUACUCUAUAAGAUUGACACUGACACUCUCCUGUCCUAUGGAUCUCAAAAAUUUCCCGAUGGACGUACAGACAUGCAUUAUGCAACUGGAAAGUUUUGGAUACACGAUGAAUGACCUCAUCUUCGAGUGGCAGAAGAACGGACCCGUGCAGGUCGCGGAGGGAUUGACCCUCCCACAGUUUAUCCUGAAGGACGAGUCCGAUCUGCGAUACUGCACCAAGCAUUACAACACAGGGAAGUUCACAUGCAUCGAGGUGCGCUUCCACCUGGAGCGGCAGAUGGGCUACUACCUGAUCCAGAUGUACAUCCCCAGCCUGCUCAUCGUCAUCCUCUCCUGGGUGUCCUUCUGGAUCAACAUGGACGCCGCCCCCGCCCGCGUGGCCCUGGGCAUCACCACUGUGCUCACCAUGACCACCCAGAGCUCGGGGUCCAGGACCUCCCUCCCCAAGGUGUCUUAUGUGAAAGCCAUCGAUAUCUGGAUGGCGGUGUGCUUACUGUUUGUGUUCUCGGCACUGUUGGAGUACGCUGCCGUCAACUUUGUUUCCAGGCAACACAAAGAACUGUUAAGAUUCCACCGUAGGAAGAAGAAGAAGCGCGUUGACCGAGCGGUUGACGGAAAUGAAAACAUUGACUCAAUUCACCAUGGCAAAGCCACCAGAAGCGCAGACCCUUUGUAUGGAUCACUGGGUCAGAUCUACACUUCCAGUGGCAGGGAGGAGGAGGCCCGGGAGAGCAGACUCAGUUUCGCUGCGGGCACCCCUGCCGCCUGCAAAGACGGGGCCAUCCCGAAGGCCAUCAACAACGCCACCCAGCCGGCCGCGGCCACGCCCGCGUCCUCUGCCAAAUCCCACGAGGAGAUGAGGAAGCUUUUCAUCGACAGGGCCAAAAAGAUUGACACCAUCUCCCGGGCUGGCUUCCCGUUGGCAUUCCUGUUUUUUAACAUUUUCUACUGGGUCCUCUACAAGAUCCUCAGGCAUGAGGAUGUACACCAGCAGUGAAGCCCGUGGAAGGGGGGGGGGGGUGCUUGUUCACACGCACUCCUGUCCCGGUGCCAACGAGAACCAGGAACGAACAUGUAGGUAUGUACAGUGCAGUGCUGUCCAAGUCAUCCACCAUCAAAGAGAAGCCAAGAGAAGACGCUGAGUUCACUAUGCAAAGCCAAAGGACACAGGCCUAAGCUGUUUCCAGUGCUCCGCUACGGACAGGAAGUGACGACCUUCACUACCGCGUUCCGGUCACUUCGAUGGACAGGGAUCAGGGACUCCGAUUGGUCAACUCUUGUGUCUUACAGCUUUACUGCCAAUGGUAUCCGUAGUGUGUCAAUACACCGCUUGUAACGGCACCCGUUAAAUUUCAAAUGUUGAUGUCCUUUAUACGUUUCAAGCACUUUGGUUGUACAGUACAGUAUUUUUACUUUCCAGAGACACAGCAGCAGAGUCAAUGAUUUUCACAACUGGAACAAAAAAAAAAUCCACUCAGAGAAAGCCAUAUUCCCUUCACACUGAAAACACAAAACGUGGAACCUCUAGAUCAAUACCCCUCCACAUUACAAUCCACAUCACAGCACAACCGAGGAAUCAGCUACUGACAAUGCUCAACAAAGGGAAUCUUUAUAAGGAAAUAAUGUUAUACAAAUUUAGUUCUUUACCAUAAAACGUGAACACAACAACUGAGAGUCAAAUGCUGUGAAAUAUGUAUGCAACUGUAUACUGAAAUAGUUUCAUAGGUAGUUUUGCAUCAGGUCCAUAAAUCUGCUCAUUAAACACUUAGUAACUGGGCUUUGGUGCUGCUGCUCUCCUCUUAACAAAAGGGGCUGAUUCUCUCCACUCUGCGCAUAUUCCACAUACUUAAAUAUGACAUUUUCUUCAGCUGACACCAAGAGCAUCAGAGAACCUACAUUCUCCUAUGCAUACGUAGAUUCAUACACACCCUGCUGUUAAAUGUUAUAUUGUAUGUAGCUGGAUGGCAACCACAGGGAUGUCACAGAUAAGUUUGAUUUGAAGACAUCCCUUUCUGGCAAACUGCCUAGCUGGCACUGACAGUGGAAGUAGUUGGUUAUGACACACUGUUUAAGAA